UUGAUUAAUAUUACAGAAGAGAAGAGAAGAGAAGCGAAACCACAGGGGAACUUAAGAAGAGAAGAUAAGCCCUGCUCGUUUGAUUGAAUAGGGUGAAGCAGAGGAGGAUUAGGGUUGAAAAAAAGUGGUUCUGAGUGAAAAAAUUGGAUCUUGUUGACGCCAUUCUGCUGUGUUGGUGGAAAAGAGUCGAUUUUUUGAGGGGCAUUGGAUGGUCUUCGUUGAAGGAAUUCUGGGGUAGAUCGAGAAGCCGUUCAGAUCGAGCUCUGUGAAAAUGGCUGCUCCUGUCAAUAUUGUUGUUGGGUCUUUUGUUUGGGUGGAGGACCCUGAUGUAGCUUGGAUAGAUGGGGAGGUUUUAGAUAUCAAUGAUGAAGAAAUUACGGUCAGCUGCACAUCAGGGAAAACGGUUGUUGUCAAUAGAUCCGAUGUCUACCCCAAAGAUGCUGAAGCACCGCCAUGUGGUGUGGAUGAUAUGACAAAACUCGCAUAUUUGCAUGAACCAGGCGUCCUUCAAAAUUUAAGAUCUAGAUAUGAUAUAAAUGAAAUUUAUACUUAUACUGGAAGUAUAUUGAUUGCUGUGAACCCCUUUAGAAGAUUACCUCACCUGUAUGACAGCCAUAUGAUGGAACAGUAUAAGGGGGCAGCUUUUGGUGAACUUAGCCCUCAUCCCUUCGCUGUUGCAGAUGCUGCAUACAGACAGAUGAUCAAUGAGGGGAUUAGCCAAGCCAUUCUAGUUAGUGGAGAAAGUGGUGCUGGUAAAACUGAAAGCACUAAAAUGCUUAUGCGCUAUCUUGCCUACAUGGGAGGGAGAGCUGCAGCUGAGGGGCGGAGUGUGGAACAAAAAGUAUUAGAGUCCAAUCCUGUUCUUGAAGCAUUUGGUAAUGCAAAGACUGUGAGAAACAAUAACUCAAGUCGUUUUGGCAAGUUUGUGGAGAUUCAGUUUGACCAACAGGGGCGGAUUUCUGGAGCUGCGAUCAGAACUUACUUGCUUGAGCGAUCACGUGUUUGUCAAGUGUCUGAUCCUGAGAGAAAUUACCACUGUUUCUACAUGUUGUGUGCUGCUCCACCAGAGGAUGUUGAGAGGUUCAAAUUGGGAAAUCCAAGAACAUUCCAUUAUCUGAAUCAAACGAAUUGCUAUGAGUUGGAUGGAGUAGAUGAUGCAAAGGAAUACCUUGCAACUAGAAGGGCAAUGGAAGUGGUUGGAAUUAGCUCUGACGAACAGGAUGCCAUUUUCCGAGUUGUGGCUGCAGUCCUCCAUUUGGGGAAUAUAGAAUUUAAAAAGGGGGAAGAGGCUGAUUCAUCUGAACCCAAAGAUGAGAAAUCUUGGUUCCAUCUAAGAACUGCGGCUGAGCUUUUCAUGUGUGACGCAAAGGCUCUUGAAGACUCCUUUUGCAAGCGCGUUAUUGUAACUCGUGAUGAGACUAUAACUAAAUGCCUUGAUCCAGACUCUGCAGCCCUCAGUAGAGAUGCUUUGGCCAAGAUUGUGUAUUCAAGAUUAUUUGAUUGGCUUGUGAAUAAGAUCAAUAGUUCAAUUGGUCAAGAUCCACAUUCAAAAUUCUUAAUUGGAGUGCUGGAUAUAUAUGGAUUUGAGAGUUUCAAGACAAACAGCUUUGAGCAAUUCUGUAUCAAUUUGACAAAUGAGAAACUGCAGCAACAUUUCAACCAGCAUGUUUUUAAAAUGGAGCAAGAAGAGUAUACGAAAGAAGAAAUUGAUUGGAGUUAUAUAGAAUUCAUUGACAAUCAGGAUGUUCUGGAUCUCAUUGAAAAGAAACCUGGUGGCAUCAUUGCUCUUCUGGAUGAGGCUUGUAUGUUUCCAAGAUCGACACAUGAAACUUUUGCCCAAAAGCUGUACCAGACAUUCAGAAACCAUAAACGCUUCAGCAAGCCAAAAUUGUCCCCAUCUGACUUCACCAUCUGUCAUUAUGCUGGUGAUGUCACUUAUCAAACGGAGUUGUUCCUGGACAAGAACAAAGAUUAUGUUGUUGCCGAGCAUCAAGCACUUUUGGGUGCUUCUAAGUGUUCAUUUGUCUCAGGUUUGUUCCCACCUCUGGCUGAGGAGUCAUCUAAAUCAUCGAAGUUCUCAUCAAUUGGUUCACGGUUUAAGCAACAACUGCAAGCUUUGGUUGAAACUCUGAGUGCAACUGAGCCACACUACAUUCGCUGUGUGAAGCCCAAUAAUCUUCUGAAGCCAGCUAUUUUUGAGAACAGUAAUGCUCUACAACAACUUCGGUGUGGGGGUGUCAUGGAAGCAAUUAGGAUAAGUUGUGCAGGAUAUCCUACUAAAAGAACAUUUUGUGAAUUUCUAAGUCGUUUUGGCAUCCUUGCCCCUCAGGUUUUAGAUGGCAGCUGUGAUGAGAUUGCUGCUACUAGGAAGCUGCUGGAGAAGGUGAACCUUAAAGGUUAUCAGAUUGGAAAAACAAAGGUGUUCCUUAGGGCUGGCCAGAUGCCAGAGCUUGAUACCCGUAGGGCUGAGGUUUUAGGGAGAUCUGCAAGCAUUAUCCAGAGGAAUGUUCGAUCGUACUUAGCUAGGAAAACCUUCAUCGUGUUGCAGCGUUCUAUCAUACAGAUUCAAGCUGCAUGCAGAGGAGAACUUGCUAGACAACUUUAUGUAAACAUGCGGAGAGAAGCUGCAUGUCUAAGAAUCCAGAAAGGUUUGCGCUUGCAUCUUGCUAGGAAAGCAUACAAAGCAUUGUACUCAUCAGCUAUUUCAAUUCAAACUGGUAUGCGUGGGAUGGCUGCUCGUAAUGAACUUCGCUUCCGACGACAGACAAAGGCAGCAAUUACAAUCCAAAGUCGGUGCAGGCAAUACUUAGCUCGCCUGCACUAUAUGAGGAUAAUGAAAGCUACUAUGACCACUCAAUGUGCUUGGAGAGGAAAGGUUGCUCGAAGAGAACUACGGAAACUUAAAACAGCGGCAAGAGAAACCGGUGCUCUGCAGGCUGCCAAGAAUAAGUUGGAAAAGCAAGUUGAAGAACUGACAUGGCGGUUGCAACUGGAGAAGCGCACGAGGGCUGACGUGGAGGAAGCAAAGACGCAAGAAAAUGCGAAACUGCAAUCUGCUUUGGAAGAGAUGCAACUUCAGUUCAAAGAAACCAAAAUACAGCUGUUGAAGGAACGUGAGGACGUGGAGGAAGCAAAGACACAAGAAAAUGCAAAACUGCAAUCUGCUUUGGAAGAGAUGCAACUUCAGUUCAAAGAAACCAAAAUACAGCUGUUGAAGGAACGUGAGGCUGCGAAUAAGGUAGUGGAGCAAGCCUCCAUCAUCAAGGAGGUCCCAGUUGUCGAUAAUGCAUUGUUGGAAAGGCUCACUGAGGAAAACGAAAAACUCAAGGCAUUAGUGAGUACAUUAGAAAAAAAAAUUGAUGAAACAGAGAAAAAAUUUGAAGAAACAAACAAGCUUAGUGAAGAAAGGUUGAAGCAGGCUUUGGAUGCGGAGUCAAAAGUUAUUCAGUUGAAGACUGCAAUGCAAAGGCUUGAAGAAAAACUUUCUGACAUGGAAACUGAGGAUCAAAUUCUCCGGCAGAAAUCCAUGUCAAGUACACCUGUAAAAAAGAUGCCGGAGCAUUCAGCUAUUCCUACAAAUAAGAGUUUGGAAAAUGGUCAUCACGAGAGUGAAGAAAAUAGAGCCAAUGAACCACAGAGUGCAACACCUACUAACAAGUUGGGAGCAGAAGCUGACAGCAAGUUGAGGAGAUCCCAAAUUGAAAGACAGCAUGAGAGUGUUGAUGCUCUAAUCAAAUGUGUCAUGCAAGAUCUUGGAUUUAGUCAAGGAAAGCCAGUUGCUGCAUUUACUAUAUAUAAAUGUCUGCUUCAGUGGAAAUCUUUUGAAGCCGAAAGGACCAGUGUCUUUGAUCGUCUUAUUCUGAUGAUAGGUUCUGCAAUUGAGAAUCAGGAUAACAAUGAGCUCAUGGCAUAUUGGCUGUCAAAUACAUCUGUCCUGUUGUUCUUGCUACAACGGAGUUUGAAAACUGCUGGUUCAACUUCACAUCGGAAGCCUCCCCCUGCUACGUCGUUAUUUGGGAGGAUGACCCAAGGGUUCCGCUCGUCUUCUGCCAACCUCAAUGUAGGUGGGCUGGAUGUUGUACGCCGAGUUGAGGCCAGAUACCCAGCAUUACUUUUCAAGCAACAGCUCACAGCAUAUGUGGAGAAGAUAUAUGGAAUUAUUAGAGACAAUGUCAAGAAGGAACUGUCAUCACUGCUUUCCCUAUGUAUCCAGGCACCACGCACGUCGAAGGGAAAUGUGCUGAGGUCAUCUGGGCGGUCCUUAAGCAAUAAUAAGUCUCCAUCCAAUCACUGGCAGAGCAUCAUUGAGUCCCUCAAUACAAUUCUCAGUAUAGUGAAAGAGAACUUUGUGCCUCCUGUCCUUGUCCAGAAGAUCUUUACUCAAAUUUUCUCAUAUAUUAAUGUACAGCUCUUUAACAGUCUUCUCCUACGCCGAGAGUGUUGUACAUUCAGUAAUGGGGAGUAUGUGAAAGCUGGGUUAGCUGAAUUGGAGCUAUGGUGUUGCCAGGCAAAAGAAGAGUAUGCGGGCUCAUCUUGGGACGAACUUAAGCAGAUAAGGCAAUCUGUUGGAUUCUUGGUUAUACACCAGAAGUCUAGAAUUUCAUACGAUGAAAUUACCAAUGACCUCUGUCCUGUAUUGAGCGUCCAACAGCUUUAUAGAAUUUGCACACUAUACUGGGAUGACAACUAUAACACUCGCAGUGUGUCGCCAAAUGUCAUUUCUAGUAUGAGGGUACUAAUGACGGAGGAUUCCAACAGUGAUGUUAGCAAUUCCUUUUUGUUGGAUGACAAUUCCAGCAUUCCCUUCUCAGUAGAUGACUUGUCAAGUUCUCUACAAGAGAAGGAUUUCUCAGAUGUAAAAACUGCAGCAGAACUUCUCAAGAAUCCAGCCUUCCAAUUUUUACACGAGUGAAGCUUGGAAUGUUGAACAUUUUUCCCUGUGCCUUACUCCAUAAUUUGCCAAGGUAGAUGGCUGGUCCAUGAGUUGCCAAGGUAGACAGCAGGUCUUCAGUCUUCUGCUUGAUGCUUUCAUGUGAUGUAAAUCCACAUCCUAUAUGUUUUAUUCUUAACUAUAUUUUUCUCCCUUUCCUCCACAUCCAUGCCCUGGCUGUAAAAUUAGUCUUUCCAUUUAGAUUUUGUAAAAUUUCCUAGGGUGAUUCAGAGUAGCUAGAGGGGCAUGGAUGGUUUUUCCUUUCAGUCAAAGUGCAUAUCUUUUUAUUUUUUUGGGAGGGGGUGUUUUGUUUUUCAUUCUUCUUUUUAUGUUAUUUUGGGCCCCUGUGGCAAUCAUUCUUUGGUAGGGAGGUUAGGAGGCAGGCAUAUUGUAAUUGUAGUAUGCUGGGAGGAAAUGUUCUCCCUCCCUCUCCUCCCAAUUUUCAUUUUAUAAAGCAAUUAGUUAAUAUGUGAAACACAUUUGUAGGGAAAUUUAUUGGUGAUUGAUUUGUGUGCACCAUUUAUAGACAGUCUUAAAUUGAAAUUUUGAGUGGAGUUAUAAUUGUGGAAAUAAAUGUCAUUACGUCCUGCUCUUUUCAAGAUCAGGAGAAAAACGAUUCAAUGCGUUGAA